CAGGCGAGGAGGCUGUAAAGAGGGGCGUUUCAUUUGGAUGCUGCGGGCGUGCGCUGCCCGGUUAUGUGGAGGCUAUUGAAUUGAAUCGCCGGCGAAAAUGGUCGUGUAGCCAACGGCCCGCGCUAAGAAACAGGACCGGUUUGUGGUUGAAAGGGAAAUAUAGCAGCUGACCUCAAACAGAGCGUGUUUAAGGCUGCGUUUUCCAAAUGGUACACCGCUGAGCUCUCAUGCGCGCCGAUACAAAGAGGCGCAAUGUGAGGAGGAAUUGUGGAGAGGACUAAGGGAUGGAUGCCGGAGCCACACCUGCCCGCGAUCGGCGCAUAGACAGGUGUAUUACCUGCGGACCCUGGGGGACGCAGGGCGGGCCUCGUUUACUUCACGCUGCCCCAAUCGGAGCUCCCGGCACGCAGCUGCAUCAGCUCGCGCAGCGCCGCGAUGGCGUGAUCUAAAGCCGGAGGAGGAUCACAAAGGCGAGGAAAGGCAUGCCGUGCACCCCAUCCUCUAGUUGGCACAUGCAGUUCGAUCUGCCACAUUUGGGCGAUAUACUGAGCUGGCCUCUAGCACACUCUUUAUUGGACUGGGUUUAUCUAAGUGUGGAUUGCCGAACGUAGCUUCGAGGUGCUUAAAAAGACUACCAUUCUCCGCCGCAGCAGCUUGUGUCGGCGUGCCGGCUCUUUCGCAGAGACAAAAGACCGUGCUUGCGCGGCGGAGUGCAUGUGAAACGGCGGCGGAGCCAUGGCCACGCUACGGCUGGACGGACUGGACCAGCUGUCGGAAAACGGCGCUGUGCCGCAGACGCCGGAACCCCGCGGAUCGUCCAAGCUGCUGUCGCGCGUGGACGCCGCCGUGCUGCCCUUCCUCGGCGGCUUCGGGACAUACCAGCGGCGCCUCGUGGCUCUGACGUGGGUGCCUGCGCUGCUCAUUGCCUUCAGCCAGUUCUCCGAUUCUUUCUUACUGGCGCAGCCCAAAAGCGCGUGCGCGAGGAACGAGAGCGGGCUCGCUAUGCCGAGCGCGAGCCCCAGCCCUAGCCUCCUUCUCGCGCCCGAGCCGCUCGUGGCAGACGCGGAGAGCGCUAACGACAGCGCGCCGUGCAUGUGCAGCGAGGGCAGGUUCGAGCUGCAGUCAGGACUGCAGCAGAACGUGGUCACUAAGUGGCAGCUUGUGUGCGAUGAAGAGUGGAAGGUCCACAUUGCUAAGUUCUCUUUGCUGGUGGGGUCCAUAUUUGGUUACUUGCUGAUGGGGGCUAUGGCAGACUGGUUAGGUCGUAUCCCGGUGCUGCUGGUGUCGGUGUUGUCCGUGCUUGCGUUCGGCUUGGCUGUGGCGUUCUCUGUGGAUGUGGCCAUGUUUAGUACUCUUCGCUUCUUUGAGGGUUUUUGCCUGGCCGCCAUCAGGCUCUCCCUUUUUGUACUGAGGAUUGAGCUGUGUUUGCCUGGUUGGCGCUUCUCCAUGACGAUGGUUGCCAGUCUGGUUGUGGUGGGUGGGCAGCUGCUGAUGCCUGGCUUAGCAGCACUGUGCCGGGAUUGGCAGAUUCUUCAGGUUCUCAUUAUCGUCCCAUUUGUCCUCAUGCUUCCAUAUGUUUGGGUGUUUCCAGAGUCGCUGCGCUGGUUGUUGGCUACGCAGCACUAUCAAAGAGCGAAGAAGCAAAUGUACUCCAUUGCCCGGAGUAAUGGUGUUGACACUGCAACUGAUCCUAAUGGAAUUCUUUCAGAGCUGGACAGAGAGCUGCAGCAGAAGCCCAGAACCUCCUGCAUCACACAGCUGAGCAGCACCAGAAACCUGUGGAAGAGCACUGUAGUGCUUUGUGUCAACUCGCUGACUGGCUAUGGUAUCCACCACUGUUUUGCACGCAGUGUUCUGGAGGGCAGUACCUCUCACCUCCAUUACUACGCUCUGGCAGGCAUCGCCAUGGCCUCAUGUGUGGUACUUUGUCCAGUGGUGGUGGGCUUUGGCAGGAGAGGCGGCCUCCUGACAUUCAUGAUUAUCACAGCACUAGCCUCAUUGCUUCAGCUCGGCUUGCUCAGCUUAAUUGGAAAGUAUAGUCUUCGCCAUGAUACGGUUCUGAGGGACACUCUGAAUCGGCGGUUCUCUGUGGCAUUUUCUAUCAUUGGAAUGUUCUCAUCACGUGCUGUCAGCACUCUCAGCAUCUUCUACUGCGCAGAGAUUACACCUACCGUCAUCAGGGGUGGAGGUGUGGGUCUGGUCCUUGCGAGUGCAGGGUUUGGCAUGCUAACGGCCCCACUUAUGGAGCUUCACAACCAGAAAGGCUUCUUCCUUCAUCAUGUCAUCCUCACCUGCUGCACCCUUCUCUGCAUCAUUUGCAUUCCGUUGCUGCCAGAGACGGCAGGUCAACCGUUGCCAGAGACUCUGGCUGAGGGGGAGGGGCUACUGCGCAGGCCCCUCCUCCCUGGAGAGCAGCACCACCUCCUGGCCAGACCAGAGGUCAGGGAGUAUUCCCGUGUUCAGGACACACCCCUCCAUCAGGCGGUGAACCCCAGCAACAGCACAGCUCCUAGCAGCAGCACAGCCAAUGGAGUUAGGACUUGAUUCUAUACAUGCGUUGCUCAAAUCAAAGCCAGCACAGGCCAUAUGAAGAACAGCGGAAAAAUGAUCGGAUCGGCCCGCAAGCACAUGAUGCAUCAUGAGGUUAAAACCACUAAAAUGAGGGAAGUUUUCCAGAGCUUUUUAACCAGUGAAUGAUGACGAACCACUGACUAUGAAACAGGUUAUAACUAUUAAUAUUGUGUCAAAGCUCAUAAGCCAGCUGAAAUGUGGAUGGAUGGAGAAUUGUGAAAAUGAAUGAUUCACUCAUCCAAUGAAUGGAGUUAUAUUUUUCAAAUGACCACUAAGUUGAUGUUAAUUUGUUGAUGAUGUUGGCAAUGUGGAGUUGCCACAUAGUUUUUCAGGUUUUCUAAAGCCUCCCUGGUGUUUUGCACUAAGUCCAGAAAAAGCAAUCAUGUCAGUUAGAAUUUGUACAUACGUGUUGUUUUAUGCAUGUGUGUGAAAGGAGGUGAGAGAGAAAUAGAGACCUGUGGAUUAUGAUGGUUGGAGAAAAAAAGCUGAAUCCAUGGCCCCGUUUCUUAAAAACAAUCAGUGUUAAGACCAUGUUCACUUUCAGAGAUGGUAGUUCAUCCUGUAAUACUCUCUACUGUUUAAAAGGGAAUUGCACCCAUUUUUUUAAAUGUCUGCAUGAUACAGUCUUUGAUAAAUAAAUAAAGUAAUUGAGUGGUUUAAUGUGAAAUGGUGCAUUAUAGAAAACUUGAAUUUCUUUACCAUAGUGUUGACAGGUACCAGGGUUGUAAUGUCUACAGCUUACCAUAUUAUUUAUUAUCCAAAGGGAUAAAAGUGACCCUAUAUUAAGGAAGCAUAUAAUUGAAAUGAAAAUUUAAUAUGUAAAACUGGUGGUGUGUCUGUAUGUUUGCAUUUAAAUUUUCUACUUGCAUAUGCAAAGUUCAGCUCAAAAUGAAAAUUCAAUUUUAAUUUGCUAUUUGGUAUACAAUUAUUGACAUUUAAUUUACAUUUUAUUUAAAUUGAACUGUAUUUCCAGAACUGCAUAUUUAUGGUUAAUGUGAUUAUGCAAUAUUCAUGAUAAAUUAUUAACAUGUAAUUGAUCUUAUGUAUGUUCACUCUCUAAUAAUGCAUUUAAUUAGCAUUAUCAAAGAGAACACCAAGCUAGAAAGAUUCAGAUGCAAAUGGGAAACGGCGCCUCUCGUUUUGAGUUACAUAUUGUAAUCUGCACUUUGUCGCAAGAUUCUGUGGCAAGGAGCUUUUGAAAAUGCAUUCGACCAGAUUACAGCUUUACAUAGUAAGCUUCAGAUGUGGAUGUAUUGCUAUGUUUUUAUAAAACUAUCUACCAUCACUUCAAAAAAAGUUCUCAGUUUAUGGAACAAGGCCAAAGUUAGCCUGUUUUUCUGACUGUCCUUUCCAAUUUUAACAGUGCUGUUGUGACAUCUGGGUGCAUUGUGGCCCCCGAAUGUAAUUGUGGCACUAUUUAAGGUGGACUCCAAUUCAAAAAAGAAACUAGCGAGAAAAGUAGCCAAGUUUAGCCUCAUUUUUAUAAACCAGAUUGAAAAAUCAGAAACCUUCGAUUAAACACUUUCUCAUGAGGUCAAGACGUUAACCAUCACGAGUAGAUAUAUUUCUCUUCCUCGCCUCAUCUGCUAAUGCAAAAGCAGUUAUAAAUUAUAAAUUUUAGUUGCCAUGUUUUCAAAUACAGCCUUUUCCACUUGGCGUCCUGUUGGCCAGCCAUGAUAAGAUGAUUGACAGGUUGGAAGGUCCAUGAAAAUGAAAAUGCAGUCUCAUUGCAUUGCACACUAGGUGGCAAUAUGAAAUUGCUAAAAGGUGAGGAGCUGUUUUUCAUUUACAUUUGAAUUUUGCCAUCUUUUUUAGCCUGGUGUUCUCUUUAAUAAUCCAAUGUAAUGGCAUUAUUAGAGAGUAUAAAUGUAUAUAAGAUCAAUUACAUUUGAUCAUUUUAACAAAUAUAUUGGAUAAUUACAUUAAACAUAAAUAUGCAGUUACGGAAAUACAUGUUAAUUUAAACAAAGCUACUCGCAAAGCAUCUAAAUCUGUGUGAAUGAAAUAUCAAUACUAGUAUACCAAAUGGCAAAUUAAAAUCACAUGACUGAACUUGAAUUUUAAUUUUGAGCUCAAUGUUGCAUAGAGGAGCAGGUCAUUUAAAUGCAAACAUACAAAUACACUGCCAUAUUACAUUUUCAUUUUAAUAUUGAUAUUGAUAUGCUAACCGUACUAUAUAAGUGUCCUUAGAUAUAAAGCAGCAUUGUAGUUUUUAGAAUUGUGUGCGUCCGAUUUCUUGCAUUGCCGCUGUGAACAGUUUCUGAUUCUGUAACUUUCUCUACAGUGGAGCACUUAACAUUAAACCACGCUGCAUUACUUUCUUUACAUCUUUGUAUCUUUUGUAUAAUUGAAUUAGAAAAAAUCAGUGGAUUCCCCUUUAACAAUGAUCUUAAUGCCCUGAUGCUUUUGGAAAAUGGGCCCAGGUCUACAGAAUGCACAGAUAUGUUUUGGAGCAUCGUGUUUGUGUGGGUGAGCGUGAACAUCCUUUGUAAUUGUACACUAGAACAGUUGUUGUUUCCAUUUGGAAAUAUACAAAAUUCAGAGGUGGGGCAGGGCACAGAGUAAGGGCUCCUGAUUGGCUGCUGAAAAUUUCCUGUAAUUGCUGUUGGGCGGUGUGGCAACUUAAUAUAAUCUCUGGCUUCAUCCCAAAUGUAAUUUUUAUUCUAAAGCUAAUGAAUAAGACAUUGCAGAAUGCAUUUCUACUGUUACUAAAAUGAUUUUGUCGACACAUAACAUGAAAAAUAUUCACAUUUGUCUCAAGUGUUGUGCAGACUAGGAAAUGUUAAGACACAAAGCUAAAUCAGAUUCAUUACUCUGAGAUCUUGUCGCAAGCAAGCCAUCAUAUUCACCUAGAAUUUUCACUUCCAAUUUGGACCCAAUUUCAACAAUUUACAAAAGUGAUAAACAAAAGCAUAUUAAAGAUAUAACUUACAUUUUUGAUGUCAAGAAAAAAAAACAAUUAUUGUGGGCAUAAUGCUAAUAAAGUUGGGCUUGUAUCAUCUAAUGAAGUCUGACAUGGCUCCACAGUUGAGAUGUACUCCUCUUAAACUGCUUAUUCAGUAGUGUUUGUCAGCAGUAAUGUGCAGAGCACAAAAGCGAGAUUCAUGGAUUACUCUUUCAAUUGUCCAUUUUUAUAAGACAUUGCACUUGUGAAUACAUGUGUUUGAUAAACCAUU